AUGACCGAAGACUUAACUAGGUUCAAAAAAAGAAGACUUCACGCAAGUUUAUCCACGAAUGCAGUUCCUUCUUUUGAAGAACAAUUGGCUCUAUUGCAAGAAAAUGAAUUACAAGAAAGUACUAAUGCAGAUGAAAGACGUCACCAAAUUUGGGAGCGGCCAAAUGUGCCGAAGAUCAAACCUAAUCAGGAUUCCAUUAUAUUUCAACAAAUUGAAGUAGACGAAUGUGUUGAACCAAAAUCUAGAGAGCCAUUAAUUCGCAUGUUUGGCAUUACCGAGACUGGCAAUAGUGUUCUUUGUUAUGUAACGGGGUUUCGUCCAUAUUUUUAUAUUCCGGAGCCAAUUGGUUUCAGAGAAAAUGAUAUGGCUGCCAUACAAAGACAGUUCGAGCGCGCUAUAAAUUUGGAUAACGGCUUGACUAACCCAAUCGAAAGAAUUGAACUUAUCCAUAAAGAGAGCAUAUGGGGCUAUCAUGGAAAUAAGAAGAGUCCUUACCUCAAGAUUAUCUUUAGUGAAACGAAGGCUUUAAAUUCUGCUAGACAUAUCCUUUCUAUUAAAUUUAAUGAUCGUCAACUUCGAGAAUUGACAUUUGAAAGCAAUAUAAAUUAUGUUCUACGAUUUAUGAUCGAUUGCAAGGUUACCGGAGCAAAUUGGAUAGAACUACCACCAAAAAGUUAUAAUUUGCGUAAUAGUUCGCGGAAGACAUCCACUUGUCAAUUGGAAAUAGAUAUCAAUUAUCCCCCUGAAAACGAAUGGUCAAAAAUAGCUCCCUUACGUAUUUUAAGUUUUGACAUCGAAUGUGCAGGUCGCAAAGGCAUUUUUCCUGAAGCUACAAAAGAUCCGGUUAUUCAAAUUGCCAAUACAGUUACGAUACAAGGCGAAAAAAAUCCAUUUAUCAGAAAUGUUUUCACUUUAAACUCCUGCGCUCCAAUUGUUGCAACUGAUGUUAUCGAAUUUUACGAUCAAGGGGAGAUGUUACAAGCGUGGAGAAAUUUUGUAGAUCCUGAUGUUAUCAUAGGAUACAAUAUCGUAAACUUCGAUUUUCCGUACUUACUCGAACGUGCACAUCAUUUGAAAGUAAAAGAAUUUCCAUACUUUGGCCGUAUGAAAAGUAAUUUUUAUGUAAAGACAGAAGCAAAAGAUACCAAAUUUUCCUCAAAAGCAUAUGGAGCACGUGAAAAUAAAUUUAUCAAUAUCCUUUAUUACAUUAAAACACUUCAACUUGAUAUGUUGCAAGUUAUGCAACGGGAUUAUAAGUUAAGAUCAUAUACUCUUAAUUCUGUUUGUGCACAUUUUCUAGGCGAACAAAAAGAAGAAGUUCAUCAUUCUAUCAUUACUGAUUUACAUAACGCAAAUAGUGAGACACGGCGACGAUUAGCCAUUUAUUGUUUGAAGGAUGCAAUCCUUCCACAAAGGUUAAUGGACAAGCUCAUGUGCCUUAUCAAUUACAUGGAAAUGGCUCGCGUUACAGGGGUCCCUUUUAAUUAUCUUCUUGUUCGUGGACAGCAAAUUAAAGUUAUAUCACAAUUAUACAGAAAAGCGUUUGAGCAAGAUUUAGUUAUACCAGCCUUAAAAUCGGAGGGAUCUGAUGAUCAAUAUGAAGGAGCAACCGUCAUUGAACCAGAAAGAGGAUUUUACAAUGUUCCAAUUGCUACACUUGAUUUCAGCUCUUUAUAUCCUUCCAUUAUGAUUGCUCAUAAUCUUUGUUAUACGACGUUAUUGGAUAACAGGGACAUUGAAAAUUUAGGCUUUAAGUGUGAUGUUGAUUACACUACAACACCAUACAACAAUGGUCUUUUACCUACAAUUUUGGAAGAUCUGCUCUCUGCACGUAAGAAGGCCAAGGCAGACUUAAAAAAAGAGACAGAUCCUUUUAAAAAAGCGGUUCUUGAUGGUCGUCAAUUAGCACUUAAGGUCAGUGCAAAUUCUGUAUACGGGUUUACUGGUGCAACUGUUGGUAAACUUCCUUGCAUUGAAAUUUCGGCAAGUGUCACAGCUUAUGGGCGACAGAUGAUCGAAAAGACGAAACAGGAAGUAGAGAAUCAAUAUACUAUUGCCAAUGGGUAUCAACACGAUGCUCAUAUAAUUUAUGGGGAUACUGAUUCUGUUAUGGUGAAAUUUGGUGUGGACAAUUUAGUUGACGCCAUGGCUUUAGGAAAGGAAGCUUCAGACUAUGUUACGGGGAAAUUUGUUAAGCCAAUUAAAUUGGAGUUCGAAAAGGUGUACUUUCCAUAUUUAUUAAUAAAUAAAAAGCGUUAUGCCGGUCUAUAUUGGACAAAUCCAGAAAAAUGGGAUAAAUUAGAUACUAAAGGUAUUGAGAAACAGACUGUCAGGCGAGAUAAUUGUCUUCUUGUACAAAAUGUAAUAGAAACAAGUUUACGAAAAAUGUUAAUUGAUCGUGACGUCGCUGGUGCUGAGGAAUACGUUAAGAAAACAAUUUCAGAUUUGCUUCAGAAUAAAGUUGAUAUGUCGCAAUUGGUUAUCACAAAGGCUCUAAGUAAAUCAGAUUAUUCAGCAAAACAGCCACACGUCGAAUUGGCAGAACGUAUGCGUAAAAGGGAUGCUGUCGCGUAUGUUAUCGUAAAAAGUACUAAAGGUGCUGCUGCUUACGAAAAGUCUGAAGAUCCGAUAUAUGUUCUUGAGAAUAAUAUUCCUAUUGAUACUAAUUAUUAUUUGGAGAAUCAAUUAUCUAAACCGUUAUUACGAAUUUUCGAACCGGUUCUAGGUGAAAAAGCUCAUUCCUUACUUGCUGGUGAUCACACUCGUGUUGUUCAGAUUGCGACACCAACAAUAGGCGGGUUGAUGAAAUUUGCCGUAAAAACGGCUACUUGUUUAGGAUGUAAAACUCCUUUAUCGAAGCAUGACACAGCAGUAUGUCGGCAUUGUAAACCGAAAUUGGGUGAAUUAUAUCAGCGACAGCUCGAUGCUGUAAAUAAGCUCGAAGUUCAUUUUUCUCGGUUAUGGACUCAAUGUCAGAGAUGUCAAGGCAGUUUACAUCAAGAUAUUCUUUGUAGUUCAAAAGAUUGUCCUAUAUGGUACAUGAGGAAGAAGGCUCAAAAAGAUGUUCAAGAUGCAGCUACGCUUCUUGAAAGGUUCAAUUAUGCGUGGUAA